AACGUACAUAAUUAUCAUGUGUGGUUGGUUAUUUGCAAUUGCAUUGCAUUGAGAAUCAAAACAACCAUGGCUGCCAAUCCAGGGAGGAACGGCUCCUGCUCUUCUCACGCCUCAGAGAGAUCUUCUGCCUGUUCUUCCUCUAAUUCAUCAGGCUCCAAGAACAACACUUUAAGCACGAGAAGUAGCCAUGAUAUUUAUGACUUGGAUGACACAAAAUGCGGCUGGUUAUUGAAAAGAUCCCGGGUGUCGAAAAAAUGGAAAAAGCGUUGGUUCGCGUUGAGGAGGGAUGAGCUAAUUUAUGGACACAACUCAGAGUCAUUGGACAAAAGCAUACCAUUGGAUGGGACAGACAUUUCAGAUUCAAUCAUGGACCAAAAGUUGUUUGUGUUCAAACUCCAGCCACUGAACUACAAUCGGUCCUUCUUUCUGCAAGCAGAAAAUGAAGCCGACCAGUUGGAGUGGAUGUCAGCCAUUUGUUUUGCCAAAGCAAUCAGUCAUCAAACUGACAAGUCAAAGUCAUGUGUUCUACAGUGAAUCCUUGUUCAAGAGAAGGCAACAAAUUGUUGAAAUCUUUCUGGGAACAGAGGCGAAGAGUCAAUGAAUAUGCUGCUCUCACACCAUCUGAAAGGAGUUGUAAGGUCAGGACAAUGUAAAGCUGCCUGGGUGGAGAUUUAUGGUUGUGGAGUUAUUGAAAGAGUGAGCAGGCCGCAGGAAAUAUGCUCAUUUUAUAUGUUGCUGUUCAAGAAUGGAAGACCAAAAGUUAAGUCUAACUAUUUAUUCUAGCUCUAUUUCUCUUGAACACUUUCCGGAGGUGAUGGUUUUAAUUGAACUGUGCACAUGUUUUUAAAAAAGAAAGGCAUCAGCUCCAAGUCCGAGGAGAUACCAUUCUGAGUUUAAGGAGGGUGAAUGAAUGCUGGAAUCUCAUCAGAGUGCUUGUCAGAGUUUUAUCAAACAUGGCAACAACCAGAGACAUCAGUAUUGCCCCUGAGACAUAUCUUCUAGGAAUGUAGGUCACAAAAAGACAUCAUUACAAAAUGAUAAUAGCUACAUGUAUGUAGCCACACUUUGUUGUAAUGAUUGAUUAGCCAGGGAUCUUUAAGAAGCUUUUAAUCAGAAUGAAAAUUACGAGCGAGUUCAACAGUAAAUGUGUAACCUUUUCACUCAAUUUGCUGCUGUCUCUCUCUAUUCUAUCUGAGUCAAUAAUAUAUAAUUAAGAUACAAAUUUGAUUGGUUUAUGAAAGCUGCAAAUAUUUCACAUUUACUAUUUUAGUGUAGCACAUAGUGGCACCAGUAGUGUCAAGAACCAACAAUUAUUUUUUCUGAUUCCGUCAUGUUACAACAAUAGAGUUUUGGUGAUAAUGCAUACACUUUUUGUAUACAAUACUGGCAAAGAUAAUUAUUUCACAAAUCAAAUCAGGAGAUAUCCUAAAAUUCAGGAUCUUCAUGAUAGAUGUGUAGUUUUACAAAUGUACAACCAAGAAUAUAAAAGCAAAAUGUAUGGUAAAUCAUUCAGGAUUACUAUAGCAAUGAUUUAUUUCAAUACAAACGUUUUAAAUGGAGCAAUACAUUGAUCGAUACACCCAAUGUGUCUUACAAAAAAGCUAACUGCCAUAUAUCAUAUAGCUUUAUUAAAAGAAUAACUUUUUUAUAGAUUUGUAAUAGUUCGGACUUAAAUGGUGUUUUGUGGUUAAUAUUAUGUACAAAAACGUAGUGCCUUGCCAUAAAAAAUAAUUUGUAUACACUCGAGACCCCUGAGAUGGACUGUAGAGUGUAAAAUACACAUGUACAUGUAGUGCAUUUUGUAUGUCACUCGUACAUGUAUGGGGUCUGUGAUAAAUGGAAAUCAAAACUGGCUUGAAUUACGGUAAUACAGAAAUCAUUGAUUAAAUAUUUGUAUUAUUAUUUCAAUUGAUAUUUUCAGUAACUUAAUGCAAAAGUUAAGUGAUUAAGAAUAUAUAGAGAUGAGAUAGAGAUAGUUCCAUAACUUCCAUUAAUAUUAACUUUGUGUACAAGUGUUAUUGUCUUCUUCCAUGGGAAAAAAAAGAAAAUUGAUAAGUUUACAGAACAUGUACAAGCUUUUGUAGAGGUAGUAGUAGACCUGAUAGCAGUUGGCACAGGGCAAAUCUACAUGUACCACAAGGUAUCUAUAGAUCAAAUGCAGCUAUAGUAAGUUACAGGAAGUAUUUCUAACUUUUCAUCAUACUGUAGUUGUCAAAAGAAAAAUCCCCUUCGAGCUUUUUACAUGGAGCAUCAGUAAGUACAAAGGUUUAAUAAGCAGUGAUGUCACUUGUGGUUUUAAUAAUUUCCGUAAGUCAAGAGUAGUUUUGUCCUGUUCUUCAUUUGGUUGUGGGGACAGCAAUAAAUUCAAGAUAUUGGUUUGUCAAUUUUGCAAUGUUUGAUUUCCAUUGUGGUCAUUAACAAAUAUUUCUCACUUUCACUUCAAUUUAAUUAAAUAUUGCAAUUGAUCUGUUUGAUUUCAUGAUUUUUGUGAAAACAGAUGACAAGGUCUGCAAAAGGUUCAGAUAUACUGCAAGAAAGAUUAUUCCUAUUCAGAAUGUCAUUCUUUCCAAUUCUACACUAAACAUGGUGUAUUUUCAUUGAGAUGUAAGUGUGACUAAAAAUUAUUCUUAAAUUUCCAGUUGUAAUUCCAUAUCAUCAAUCAUUGGUCAGAUCAUGCUCCAGGUACACACACACACAUUACAUGUACUCUGUACAUUGCACAUUCAAUUAAAUUAUGUACAUGUAUGUUGGCAAUUUUCUUGACUUCAAAUCUUACUUCAAAUCAAAUCAUUUACAAGUAUCUCUGGAAAAGUCCAUUGAUGGUAAAAAUAUUUGUCAGUUUUCCAUUUACAGUAUACUGAUAGCAGUGAUCACAAAUUCAAAUCUUGUUAUAAAUUCUGUUGCUGCUGUACUGCUGUGGUAGUACUACUGUAUAUCGUAUUACCCGUACCUGCAUUACAGGUAUUUUAUUGAUCUGAUUUGUAUUUUCUGGAUUUACAGUGUGUUCCACAAUACCACAACCUACUGUUCAAUAGGAAAAGUUCAAUCUCUGAAAAUAUGCAGAGUAGUUUUCCAGGUGUAUGGGGUGUAGAUUAUUAUUUGUUUAAGGAGACACUGUAAUGGUAUUACACAGUUCAAAGUCCUAUCUUAUUUGCCAAAUUCCUCCAGUGUUAUUAUGAAUUGAUAAGCUAGAUUGGUCCACCUGUCAUUUACAUGUGUUAUAAUUCAAGGGUAUCCUUUUUAUAUGGUUUAGUUUUGUAUUUGUGCAAUUUAAGAAAGUAUUUGUAAGUUCAUGUACUGUAUUAUGUCUCUGAUAAUGAAGUACUUGUACAUUUCGUUUUCGGGAAAGUCCCUGUUAUAUCGCCUACCCACAAAAUGUGAGAAUCAAAUACAGUCAUACUGUUACAGUUCUUGUCACUACUGUCAUUGUGAGCGAGCACAAAUGUAAUACAACACAUGAUGGAGACCGUUAAGUAUGAAAGAACAAUAUACAUGUACAUGUAUCUGGUUAUAUAUUUUUUAAUCUGUUAUAUUAUAAAACUUAAUCUUUCUCUUUUGAUAUUGCAUCCAUGAUGUGAUGUACAUGUAUACAUGCUUGUACUCUUGAGUCAAGACUUUCAUUUUAAAGGUGGUAAUAACUUAUUUUCAAAUUUCAUUUCAAAAUUAUUAUUUCUCUUCUGGCUACUACCCUUUAUUUAUUCAUAAUAUUGGUGAAAAGGAAAUAAGUUACUACUCUUUGAGGAGUUCCCAAAUAUAGAACCUUUAUUUAUUUCGUUCUUAGUUGGUUUAUGUUAUAUUUAUUUCACUUUUAGAUAGAUGCAAAUGAAGAUAACAGUAAAAUUUUAUCAGUUCUAAACAAAAUGAUUUUCAAAGACACCAUAGAUUAUGUGAUUGAUUGGUAUGGAAACCUAUGUAUCUUUCCAACCUGUAUUACAGAAGGUUGAGUUAUUGCGUUUGGUCCUGGCACUGUACAUGUACUGUUCUUUUUAUCACAAUCAAACCAUAUAUUAUUCCAGUAUUUAAAAUACUCUAUCUUUAUGUAGCAUUGAUUAUAAGUUUGAUAUCAAUAUUCAUUUUUUUAAAUUUAAAUAGUUACUUUUCAUUAACAACAUUAUUUACUUGCAUGAUCAAAUAUGAACUUGCCUCUAUAAAGCAGAGCUUAUAUUUGAAAAGUUAUAAUUGUAUAUGAAUAAAUACAUGCAUGCCCCAAAGUGUUAUUUGUGGUAAAUACAUGUUCAGUAUUUCCUGACCUUUUGUAGUCAGUAUGUGGUUAUAUGCACUGUCCAUUUAUGAAAAUAAUUUACCUGGCCCAUACAUGUAUCUAUAGUGAAAUCCCCAAUGAUACUCAACAUGUACCCUGCUAUACAGUUUUUGCCAAAUGUGUUCACAUUUUUCAAGAGUAUUUUAUCUCUGAUGUGAUGGUUCUGAAACACUCAUAUUCAAUAUAACAAAGGAAAAACUAGAUUUUUUGUCAGAAUACAUGUAUCUAUAAAUGAAACCACUUGUUCAUCUAUUAAUAGACAUGAUCAGUUGUGUGCAGUUAAGGACGUUCCACAGUUAAAAUUAAGUCCAUGUCAUUUUCACCAAAUUUUGCAGAGAGUUUCUUUGGUAUCUAUGCAUUAUGAAAAUGCUAAAAAUAAUAAAGGUUCAUGUGCUCAUUUUUCUUCUACGGGUCUUCAAAGUCACCGUAUUUGAAUGAUAUGCAAUCAAACUUCAUCAAAUUUUCAAGAUAUAUAACAAAGUGUAUACCAAAGUAAGAGAAAGUCUUUUAAGUGGUAAAACUAUAUCUAUUUGGAGUCAGCAGCGCCUUCAUUUGGCAAGAAUGGUGCAAAAACUUGGAAAAAACAAAUCAUCAAAGACGUGAAUCGACUAAAAAAUUUUAAAAAGUAUUUUGUAAGCUGCACUUUUUUCAAAAUUCAUGUCGUUUUCAUCAAAUUCGGCAAAAUUGUAGAGGAAUGCAUAUCGAAGGUGUAGGGAAGUUAAAAAUAUGGGGUCCAUGUGCUCGUUUUUUUAACUAUGAGUGUCCAAAGUGAUGCGAGUUGGCAUGAAAAUUGCCCAAAAUGCGCCCAAAACGUGCCAAAGUCUAAUAAUGCUGUCUAAAUGCGAAUGGUUCCGUAGUUUUGCCCCCAAACAUUCAAAAUCCAUGUCAUUUUCAUCAUACUCUCCAGAUUUGUAGAGGAAUAUAUUCUGAAGAAGUUAAGACAUUUAAACUAUGGGGUCCAUGUGCUCGUUUUCAAAUUAUCAGUGUCCAAAGUAUUGCGAGUUGGCUUGAAACAGCCCAAAAUGCGCCGAAAACAAGCAAAAGUCUGUUUAUACCGUCUAAAAUGCGAAUGGUUCCAUAGUCUUGCUCCCAAACAUUGAAAAUCAUGUCAUGUUCAUCAUACUUUGCACGUAGAUACUUUAGCACCUGAAUAUUCCAAAUAUGCAAAAAUUAACAUGGGUCCAUGUGCUUGAUUUUUUGCUAUAGAGCUUCAAAGUUAAUCCAAAAUGGAUGAUGUUCUUAAGAAUUGCGCAUCCAAAAGAAUUUGGCAUUUUUAGACCUCACGAGAUCACAACAAUGAGUUUAAAGCCCUAUUCCAAUAGUCAAAAUCCAUGAAAAUUUCCUCAAAUUUUGCAAUAUGAUUAAUAAUUGUAUCCGUAAGAUGGAUAAUCUAUCUCUAUUGCUGUGAAUUGUUUACUCAUUUAAGUCUAACAACACUCUCAGUUCUUAGAAAUUGCGGGAAAGAUAUUCAACCUCAAAAAUGUCAAAUUUCAAUAACAAACUUGAGAAGUAAAAGAAAUGCACUUUAUUCAAAACCCAUGUCAUUUACACCAAACCUAAGAGGUGCAAACAUUAAAAAUUAUGGGUUCAUGUGCUUGUUUUCAAACUAUCAGCACUCUUAUUACAUGUAUGAGAGCAAAUUUGCUUUUCUUAAAACACCCGAAAACGCGCCAAGAGCAGUAUCUAUAUGAGGAAAAAUUCCAAACCACUUUUCCAUUUAUUCAAACUCGGGGUCAUAUUCAUCAUACUUUGCAGCACUACAGAGAUACUAUUUUGAAAUUGUAGAGGAAUAAAAAAAAUGGUCCAUGGUAUAAUUCUAGUUUAUUAGCUUCAUAAAAUAACACAUCGGAUCUGCAGUUAGUGCAGAUAAGGAGAAAAAUCAGCUCACAUUACCUACAGCUGAUUAAAUCACCAGUUCAUCCAUUGUGACAUCAGCGCGCAGAGUGUAAAAUAUGCGCAGAUCAUGAUGCGCACAAACAUAACUGUGGAACGUCCUUAAAAGUUGACAAUCCUUUGCCCACUCUACAUUAUGUGAUACUCUUACAUUACAUGAUACUCCUACAUUACGUAAUACUCCUACUUACAUGUAUAAGUAACUUGAGUGUAUGUUUGCAUUUAGCAGUAGGUUUUGCAUAGAUAUUGCAUAACAUUUUGUAUGACUUCAUUAGCAUGUUCUCAUUACUAAGGGUAAUGCUGGGAUUUCUAAGAUAGUGGUGCACUGAGCGUUCACUGAGGAGAGUCAUUGGCGUUCUCACUUCUACAUGUAGCAACAAGCCUUUUAUGUAGUUUAUAACACUUGUUCUCAUUGCUAAGGACAAUGAUGUGAUAGUGGCACCUCUAGUGUGCUCCCAGAAAGGCCAUUUGCCUUCUUUGUAUUCUCACUUCAAGCACCAAGCAUUAUCUUUAGUUCAUUUGAAGGCCUCGAGAACCCUGUUCUUAUUACCAUGGAUAAUGAUAUCACCAUGGAAACUUAAUAGUGUAAAUUCAAAAUUGAGGGGAACCACUAGUUUCUCGCACUACCAACAAGCAAAUACUGGUAGCAUUCUUCUGAGGAAGUUUCUACAAGAGAGUUGGACUAGCAGGACCGCCACACCACUUUCCUAUGUUGGAUUUUUUUUAAAAGUUGUCCUUGUUCCACUACAGAACUCACUGGUAAUGAUAUUAAUUCAAACAUGUCUUUGUUUAUUAGAUUCCUGAUACAGUACUUACAGUAAAGUGCAGUAUACAGUUAUGAAAUUGACAUGAGAAAGAAACAGAGAUUUUGUUUGGCACUGUUUCAUCUGUACCCAUUGUUUCAUCAAAUGACAGGAAAUAUCAAACUAUGCCAAGUUUAUAAUUUAAUGCAAGAGAAACUAAGUUCUUAAUCUAAUAACUUUGUUCUAUUGUUUACAAUAUUCCAAGGCUUUGACAUUAUAAUACACAUGUUGUACAUUCAUAAUCAGGGAUGCUACAAUAGGGAUUCCUACCUUUUUGCAACAUAUUUGCAGGCUUAGAAAGUGCAAUGUUGGUUAAAGCAUGGCAACCCCCCCCCCCAAAAAAAAAAAAACUGUCUGUCACUAUUCAAAUCCAAUACUUGAUUAUAUGUAAGCCCUAAACGAUGCAGAGGAUCUUUGCCUUCAACUUUCUAACGCUCAAUCACUAAAAUUUGUACGAUUAAUGUGCAGAGUCCCUUUC